CUAGGCAUAAGAUGAAAGGUUUCGGUUUUGCCUUUGGUCUGUUCUCCGUUGUGGGUUUUCUCCUUUGGACUCCUUUGACCGGGCUGCAAACCCUCCAUUUGGGAAGCUGUGUGAUCACUGCAAACCUCCAGGCAAUACAAAAGGAAUUUUCUGAGAUCCUGGAUACUGUGCAAGCUGAAGAUGAAAACAUAGACAUCAGAAUCUUAAGGACGACUGAGUCUUUGCAAGACAUAAAACAUUCAGAUAGGUGCUGUUUCCUCCGCCAUUUAGUGAGAUUCUAUCUGGACAGGGUAUUCAAAUUCUACCAGACCCCUGACCAUCAUAUCCUCCGAAAGACCAGCAGCCUUGCCAAUUCUUUUCUUAUCAUCAAGAAGGACCUCUCUAUCUGUCAUUCCCGUAUGGUAUGUCAUUGUGGGGAAGAAGCAAUGAAGAAAUACAACCAUGUUCUGAGUCACUUCACAGAGCUUGAGCGUCAGGAAGCAGUAGUGAAGGCAUUGGGGGAACUAGGCAUUCUUCUGAGAUGGAUGGAGGAGAUGAUAUAAAUGAAGGUGAUGAGGCUGCUGAGAACCCUCCUGCCCAAGAGUCCUAGUCCUCAGUACCAUGAAGACAUGGUCCUAGAUGCUUCUGAGAACAUAGCUACCCAAGAGUGUCUGUCCUCAGUACCAUGAAGACAUGGCCCCAGAUGCUGCUGAGAACAUUGCUACCCAAGAGUGUCUGUCCUCAAUAUGGUGAAGACAUGGCCUCAAAGCACCACCUCUUUGUCAUAUAAUUUAGUGCUGGUCACAAUGUAUAUUAUUUAUGUAUUUAUGUAUUAUUGGUUUCCUUAUGUGGAUGCCUUUGUGUGUCCCCAGUAUUACCUUACAUGGUUAAUUUUGUAAAAUUUUCUGUGAUGUCUUUUCUGAUAAUAGCUAUAUUUAUUCAUUAAUAUAUCUAUUUAUUUUCUACUGAACUUCUAUUUAUUCUGUAUUUGAACCCAAAACUUUAAAAAGAUUAUAUUUAUAACCUGUCAAGAACAAGUGAUGUAUUUUCACAUAAUAAACAAGCCCUUUGGGUUCCAGAAGAGCAGCUAUGGGAGUUUGUGUUUAAUUAAGGGUAUUACUGCUGAAGCCCAAUGAGACAAGUGAGCCAAUGGCUUUUUAGUAUGAAUUUUGGAAGAAUACACCAGAUAGGAAAUUUUAGGUGUCUUACAAUUAUUGAACAUUCCAACCCAACUUCCCAGACUCAUAUGUUUAUAUCUUGUAGUUAUGGACUCCUUGGCCCAUAUGUAUUUCUACAAAUAAAGUUUUCUUUGUGUUGUGUCUUCCUGAAGUUGAAAGUACUCCUAGAGAGGAACACUGUUGAGGAUGAGCUUGAAUCUCAGUUUCGUGCAGGAUCCUCUAGCUCCUGGGAAAGGAAGAUGUGUGAGAAUUUGGGCUUCUUUCCAUCUCUACCUCCAUGUCUUGAAUCAUGACCACCUCCAAUCCUAUGACUGAUCUCAGUGAAUGACAGACAGUGUGAGGUGCUGGAGUCUUCCUGGUCUCAACUCACCGGCUCUGAGCCCUGCCCUCUGGGCACUUCUGUCUUCUUUCUCACCCUUGGUUCUUUUACUCUUGUAUCAAGUACCACUUUCAGUGGGCACAGGUUCUAUGAUAAGGGUUUAGAACCUGUGGGUGAACUAUUGCUCCAGAGUCUUCCCAGGGAAGUGUGUGAACCAUCUCCCAAGGCCCUCUAUUUGAAUUUUCUCCAGUCAUGCAGGCUAAUUUGUUGCUGGACCAAGACUUUGUCUUUGUUUAAUCAAGAUGUUUUCUUCUCAGGUACUCUUCAGGCUCAGUUGUCCUGGUCUGAGGAGCCAGCUUCUGACCUGGCCUGGUUCCUUUUUCUUUUUCCCUCCCUCAGUAUGGUGUCCCCUAGCUUUGUAAUGUUCAGUUUCCCAAGCCUGCUUGGCUCCUUGGAUUUGACCAUUGCCUCUUCUUAUUGCCUCCAAUUUCUGCUCUAUCAGACUUUCAAGAAUUAAAAAUUCUUAUAUAAGUAAAAACUAUCCAAUAGAGAAAAAUUGGAAACAUAGAGAUAGAUAUGAAGAAGAAAAUUAA